AUGUACGCCUCUCAUCUCCUUGCCUUCCUCGCAGGCCCAGAUGGAAUUAUACGAACUCGAGGACAAGUAUUGGCCACCCGCACUCUCUUCGGUACAGAUCAAAUUCCUGCUGUGGAUCACAUUCUGGAAAUCGAAGGGAAGCCUACUCCAGAUUCGAGCGCCGCUUCUCCUGCGAGUGCAUCGGGCAGCGCAGGGAAUCCUGUUGAUGUUGAUGUUGAUGUUGAUGCUGGGGGCCCGGGUGCUAUAUCGAACGCUAAAACAAGGGCCAAGUCCAAUCGCGGCUUUGAAGCCUCUAUCUUCAGCACACUCACUUAUCAGGGUAUCAAAUGUUCAGAAUGCGGCAAAGUAUUCAAGAACACGGCGUUGGCUGAUUACCAUGUCGAGAAGAGUGGCCAUGAUCCGUUUGAGGAGUCUGGAAGAGCUGCAAAGCGCAGCGUGAAGGCUCAACAAGAAGCCGUAGAAGCACGUGCGAAUGAAGCUAUUCGUUUCAAGUCUGGCAAGGAUGAGCUGAAGGCCGAAGAGCUCAUGAAAGAAGAGAAGCUUGAGGAUGCCAGAGCCAAGGCCACGGUAGAUUUGGCCCGGAUUGAGGCAGAUAAGAAAGUUCGUGCAGUGAGGGCCGCAAGGGAGAAAGCUUUACGUGACGUCCGAUCAAUGAUUGACUCAUCAGACACUGCGUCAGCCACUCCAGCACUAACAGCGCCCUCGUCCAGCGGCACAAGUGGGAAGGACUUCAAAGACACCCAUCUCCAAAUCCGUAUGGCAAGUAGGGGAACGCCUUACACGACCACUUUGCCAAGUGACGCAAGCAUGUCUCAUCUCCUCCCUGCACACACGAACGUCUUACGCUUUCCGUCGAUGUGGAAACCGUCACAUUCGCCCAGGAAAACAUUCUCUCGCGAUCAGUUUAGCAAAACAUUCAUAGAACUUGGACUGACGCCGUCAGCGGUCCGAGUAUGGCAUUAUGACACGGCACAUAUUGGUUUCCAGGUCCUCAUUGCGUCCUAA